AUGGGCAGCAUCGAUCCCAAAACCGCCUCACAAGGAGGCUUGAACAUCCUUAUUGCUGGUGCUGGUAUCGGUGGCUUGGCUGCUGCUAUUGCACUACGCAAGCAGGGCCAUCGCGUUCAGCUUUUCGAGCGCUCUCGUUUCGCAAAUGAGAUCGGAGCUGCUAUUCAUCUCACACCCAAUGCGAACUCCGCGCUGCUAGGUCUGGGAAUAGAUGCUGCCAAGUUUGGAGCCGUGGAAGUAGACCAGACGCUGGCAAUUGUCGAUCACAAAUCACGGGCAGAUAGGUGGCGAACUAAAUGGUCUCUUGUGCAUCGGGCCCAUCUCCAUGAAGGCUUGAAGAACGUCGCUCAGGGAUCUGGUCCUGGCAUUCCUGCCGAGCUGCACACUGCCAGCAAGGUUGUUGACAUUGAUCCAGAAGCUGCCACACUCACUCUCGAAAACGGCCAAGUCUUCCAUGGUGAUGUCGUGAUCGGGGCAGAUGGUGUACAUUCACUUGCGAGAACGAAGCUGCCAGGCACCAAAGAGAUCGAGCCCUUCAGUUCUGGCAAGAACGCUUUUCGCUUUCUCUUGUCGCGCAAGGUCGCCCAGGAGGACCCCGAGACAAAAUCCCUGGCCGACAUUCCCAGCAUUUGUAGCAUGUGGGAUUCCCAUGACAAGCGUGUGGUCAUCUAUCCAUGUGCCAACAAUGAGAUUUUGAACUUUGUCUGCAUCCACCCUGACACGUUGAGCAAGGUGAACACCGGCGCAGACUGGGAUCAAGAGGCCAGCAAGGAUGCUCUUUUGGAAGUUUACAAAGACUUCAAGCCAGAGGUGGUCAAGAUCUUGGCCAAGGCUGAUCCCCAGACACUGAAAGUAUGGCCCCUUUUCGACAUGCAAAAGCCGCCUACGUGGGUCAACGGUCGCCUGGCAGUGCUGGGAGACGCCGUCCAUCCGUUCUUGCCAUACCGCGCUUCUGGUGGCGCUAUGGCCAUCGAGGACGGCGUGUCUCUGGGUGUGAUGCUCUCGAAGGAUCUCGACCCAGCAGAAGUUCCAGAGAGGUUGAAGCUGUACGAGGAAGCUCGAUACACACGAGCUACCACGAUUCAACAGAUGACUCGAGACUCUGAUGGCCCCCAGCCCGUCGACGAAAUCCGUAGAAUGGAAGACUACAUUUACGGGCAUGACGAAUAUGAUCAUUCGACCAACCUCCUCCGAAAGCACAUCUGGAGUCAAGGGGGGCCCAAGUACUGGCGUCAGCCAAUAGUGUUUGGGCCUAUGCCUGGUCCCAGACAGGACUGGUAUGGUCGAGAUCGUGUCCAGAAAUCGCUCAAAGCCACUUUCGAGACAGUUUCCAUUCGAUUCAAAACCAGUCGAACUUGCCUUCAGAACCUACUUCCUAACGACUCUUGGUCAUUUGUGAACCAGGGUACAGUAGCCUAUGCGAGCUUCUCCCAAACGAAACUCCACCGCAUGGACUGGCUGGGCGGAGGCGGUUACCGCCACAUCGGGCUGUACAUCGAGGGAGUGCAGUAUAAAAAGAAGAAUGGUGAAACGGUUGAAGGCACCUAUUUGCCGAUUCUGUUCGAGAGUCUGACCGACCCUAUCGUCAGCGGUCGUGAAGAGCUUGGUAUGCCCAAGCUCUAUACAGCAAUUGAUGCCCACGACCGCAGCAACUCGCACCAUUUGACAACCAGCUGGCAAGGCGCCGUUUGGGGCCACUUCCAUUUGGAAGAUCUCGAGGAUCAAGAACCAGAAAUGAACACGAAUCCUAAUCCGUCCAGCGUGGGAAUCUUGGUGCACCGCUACUUCCCUAAGGUCGGCCAUGAGAACAAGGGAGUGCCCGAAGCAGAGUACCCUGUCAUUGUGCCACAUGCGGAGGAGGCCAAGGUGGUUCCCUCCAAGAUCACACGGUUGCGAACUACAAAGAACGCAAGGUUUGAGAUCGAUGGUCUCAACUGGACACAACUACCCACAUUGCAUCACAUCAUUUCUCGUUUGGCUGAGAUUCCAGUAGACGAAGUUGUUGGUGCGAAGAUUGUGGAAGGUGAGGGAGUGCCAGAUGUAUCUGUGGCAAAGCGUUUGGAAUAA